CAACACUGUUGUUCGGUGACCUUAGGACAUCUUUCAGCUGCAGGACGUCAGCCCGUUGAAAUUUUGGGAAAUUUCGGACUUUUAGCUGUACAAAAUGUUGCGAACGACCUGCGAAUUGCGGCAUGGGCUCGUCAAAUUUACAGUCAGACGAUUUCUUCAGGGAAACGCCGUCCGGUGUUGUGUUACACAAGUGGCCAAGCAGCGAUUACAAAAUUGUUCCAACCGCCUUCAGAAGCCAGUUUUUAAUGUGUUGGAUACAAAAUGCGUGAGGUUCUACAGUUCAGGGAAUCUUCCCAGUCACAAGAAGGUUUUACUGCCCGCGCUUUCGCCAACCAUGGAGUCCGGCACAAUUGUCAGCUGGGAAAAGAAAGAAGGUGACCAGCUAAACGAAGGAGAUUUGCUUGCCGAAAUUGAAACAGACAAGGCCACAAUGGGCUUUGAAACACCUGAGGAGGGCUAUCUUGCCAAAAUCCUCAUCCCCGCAGGGUCAAAAGAUGUUCCCAUUGGAAAGCUUGUCUGCAUUAUUGUAGAGUCUCAGGAUGAUGUUGCCGCUUUUAAGAGCUAUGUUGACGAUGGCAAGGCCGCCCCUGCCCCUGCACCUGCAGCACCAGCUCCAGCGGCUCCUGCUGCUGCCUCAACAGCUGCAACUCCUCCUCCACCCCCACCUUCAGCUGCUCCAGCCGCCGCUCCAGUUUCAUUUUCGGCUUCUCCUUCAGAAGGAAGAGUUUUUGCCAGUCCUCUUGCUCAGAGGAUAGCCUUGGAGAAGGGCCUCGACAUUAAUUCGGUGAAAGGCACAGGAGUCUUUGGUUCCGUGACUGUGGCUGAUUUGGAGCGAGCUGCAGCCAAAGCGCCUUCAGCAGGUGUCCCAGCCCCUGGCGCUGCCGCUGUUGGAGCAACCUAUGUUGAUUUGCCAGUUUCCAAUAUUCGUGGAGUCAUCGCCAAAAGAUUGCUGCAGUCAAAACAGACCAUCCCUCAUUAUUAUUUGAGUGUGGACAUCAAUGUUGGAAAGAUUCUGGCUCUCCGCAAACAGUUCAACGAUCAGCUCAAAGGCGAAUCCGUCAAACUUAGCGUCAAUGACUUUAUCAUCAAGGCCACUGCCUUGGCCUGCAAGAAAGUCCCAGAAGCCAAUUCCUCCUGGCUGGACUCUGUUAUUAGACAAUACACAUCGUGUGACGUCAGUGUUGCUGUCAGCACAGACAAGGGUCUAAUCACACCAAUCGUGUUCGCUGCUGAAACAAAGGGCCUAGUUGAUAUUUCCAGAGAAGUAAAAGAACUAGCUGGUAGAGCCCGAGAAGGAAAGUUGCAGCCACACGAAUUCCAGGGUGGCACUUUCUCGAUCUCAAAUCUGGGAAUGUUUGGAGUGAAGAACUUCUGUGCCAUUAUCAACCCUCCUCAAUCAUGCAUUUUAGCUGUUGGCACAACAGAAUCAAGGGUAGUCCCCGACAGCACCACCCAAUCAGGAUACUCCUCUGCUGAUUACAUGAGUGUUACAUUGAGCUGUGACCACAGAACAGUGGACGGUGCAGUGGGUGCGCAGUGGCUUCAAGCCUUCAAGGGUUACCUUGAAAACCCGACGUCGAUGCUGUUAUAAGGUUUGAACUGCCCUUUUUUUGUUAUUGCACUCCUCGAGUCCGUAUUUAAAUUAUUUGUUAGCCCAUGCCGGAUUGAUUCAAACAAGUAAUAUAAGCGCAUUUAAAACAAUUGGCAAUUUGUUCUGGCAAUUUGUUUCAUGGGCCAACUGUUAAUUUAUAGUGGACAGCUAAAUAAUGUUUUUUUAAGCCCAGUAUGUGGGAAAAGUACAUAGGAUUUUUCGCCCCUCUAAAUUUCACAAUUGACAAAAUAAUAAACAAAGGCCCUACUGAUCGAAUGUUAUAAAGAUUGGACCACCUGCAAGAUAUAUGAACAAAUAAUACGAAUAGCAGCGCUUUUUUUCUUUCUAAGAAAAUUUGAGGGAGCUUUGUUUAUGCUUACUCUCAGAAGUAACUAGCUUCUGAUUCUGACGCAGGUGGUCCGUUAUUUAGAUGGUAUGCUAGGUCAGAAGCACAUUCAAUUUAGCAUACCACAUGUUAUUGUUUUCUCCUGGAAAGUAGAAAAAUGUCCUGUAAAAUCACCGUUUAGUCUCUGUAAAUAGCCGUUGAAUGAAAAAAGAAAAAAUGAAAUGCUAAAAUUUACGAAAAAAUAA